UGUUAGAUUCCCAAAAGACAAACGGUCCCACUAAAGGCAGAACGCAACCUGGAAAAAAGUAUUGUUUUCGGGAAAACAUGGAUAAUUGCAGCUAAAACGCGACUUGCAAAUUUGGCGAAAACAUUUUUAGAGCCACCAAGAAUCCGGCAAUUCGGCGGAACCCAGAGACAAAUGAAAAUUGACGCGUGUUAAAUGCAAACAAGAAAAUUCCAGCACAGACCUUGAGUGGCGCACACACUCCCACACCUCACCUGCGUCACACAUACACACACGCACACCGAUAAAGAGCAAAAGGGAGAGAAGAUCGAAACGUUCCCUAUUUUUUUUGUUGGUCUUUUUUUUAUAAACAGGAAGUGGAUUUUAGGGGAUAGGGGAUCCUUUUUGCAGCUGGCAAUAUGGUGAACGUACCCCCGCUGCUCUGCAGCACCCCGCCUCCCAUUGAUUUCGGGGAUGACGACGAUUCCGGUUUGCAAUCCACAAUCCACUUGGACGAAAAUGACGAAUACUCUAAUUUUGGCUUAGUCAGCAGCUCGAAAGAACCCCCUCCACCACCAGAUCCCGUUGAGGAAUUUCGAGAAAAGCCACCGGAUUUGCUGGAAAAUAAACAAACUGCAGAGGCAUUCAAUUACCAAGUAAAGCAGGCGAUGGAUUAUGAUGUUUAUCGAGAAGCGGCACCACCCACUCCGCCCCCUUUAGGUCUGGAGCUCGAGGAGGAGGAACUGGAGGAGCAGGUGCCCUCCUUAAAGCUGGACAGCCUAAGUCUCUACUCCACGGAAAGCGUUUCCGCCGCCUCCACACUCUCACCCACUGCGGAAACGGAGGCGGUGGCUCCGCCCGUGAUGCAACCAACCAAAGCCCCUGUCCUCAGCCACCAAGUCACGCUGGAGGAUGUGUCCGAUGACAGCGACGAGGAGUGCUCGCCAAAGAAGCCCAAAGAACUAUUUAUACACGAGGGAGCCGUGGAUUUCUUUGCCAUCGAGGUGCUGGCCACACCAACGCAACCAAAUGAGGGGCUCCAACAAAGUCCAGGAAAAGAAAAGGCUCUAGAGGAUACUCCCCAACAUGAAGAAAGCUUUAGAAGUUCGGAACACCAAGUGGAAUGUUCAAAUAACUUAGCGAAACCACUGGAUAACCAGAAACAAAGCUUAGCAGACCCACAAGAAACCCCCAACCAUUGGUGUAAAAUAGCGGAUACUGAUACAUUUCAUUUUGGAAACUUUGAAGCGCCACCAAAAGACUCAGUACCCAAUCAAGUUAUCCCAGAAUGUCAAGAUGACGAAGAAGAUGAAGAUGACUUUGGGGACUUCGGAGAUUUCUCAGCUACAGAACCAGAAAAGGAUGCCAAAGAAACUCCAACGACAGCUCUUCCUGUUAACUCUGUCUUUGAGGCACCGUCUUUGGAUUUGCAAUCAUCAGUAGGUACAGAAACUCUGGAUGUAUCUUCAAAGCCGCCUCAGCCAGAAGGAGCAGAUGAUGGCUUCGAUGACUUUCAAGAGUUUGCCACACCUACGCAAGAAAGUCCUGGUCAAAACGAAGACGACGACGAUGAUUUCGGUGACUUCUCAGAGCCCGUAGUCGGUUCCAUUUCAGUACCUCCACCACCGCCGCCAGCCGCUGUCCACCUGAGCAUCGAUGAACGGGUGAAACCGAUAUUGGAGAUGAUGUUCCCACAAUCAAAGGAGCUUCAAAGCACGAGUGUGGAUAUACGAAAGCCAUUGGCGCAGUGCCAGCGAUUCAACUUCGGUGCAAUUGAGCAUGCGCAGGCUUUGGAGUACCAGUGGAGCAGCUCCGAGAUGAGGCAUGCGCUCGUUCGAUCGCUUGGCAUCGAUUCCAGGAAUAUACUCUUCGGCGACAAGUGGAACUCAUCGAUGCCACGUUUUGCCGCCAACCUGAGCUUCGAUCCACUGAAGCCGAUGAAACCGCUCUCGAGCGGCGCUACUAGCACCCUGGAGUCGAUCUCCAAUCCCAGCAGCUACCAGGAAUCACAUGUACAGACAUUACAAUUGGAACAACUAGACCAACUAACGGUGGUGGCUAAUGCUGAUAAAAUAAAUCUUGUUACCUCUAACUCCCACACCAAUAACAACAACGAUAAUGGUGACAACGACGUUCCUGCUUCCGUUGACCAACUGGAUGAUAAACCACAACCACCUGUGAUGGAUUUGACGACCAAUAACAAUCACAAUUUGACAAUCGAUUUGCACCACUCUCCUCCACUCACACAUUUUGCCACCAUCUGCAAAUACAACAAUAAUGUCGAUAAUAACAAUCUUAACAACAAUCAUGCAAAUACUGCAACAAUGACAAUAACAAUUAACACAAAUCUCACUGCUCACGACGCCUUGCUGGAUUUUAGACUGGAAAACUCAACCGCAGCACCGGCGAGCCAAACUGAAACGCGGACUGGCCCGCCUCAUGGGGAAGAGUCCUCCGGCUCCGGCUCUGGCUCCGGUUCCUCCAGCAACUUCGACGGCGAGGAGCGACAGAACCAUAUCUACAAGUCAUCUCCAAUCUCCGGCUCCGAGUCGAACCAUCUUGAACCCGCAACAGCGCCACCAGCAGCAAUUGUUGCUCCAGCAGCAGCGACGAUAUCGACUGCUCUACCAGCAGACAGCUCUGCCCACCAGCUCAACGGCGGUGAGCAGCUGCAUCAGCAGCGGUCGGAGCAAGAGCAGUUUGAUUUGAGGGCCACGCCGCCUGCUCAGGAGGAGAUGGUGGGCAGCUCGAUAGCCAGCUAUGCGGUGCCGCUGAAGGAGACCCACAUAUACACACCCUCCAAAUCGGAUACGGCAGUGGCCAAGACCACUACAUUGGCACCCAUUGAUUUCGACUACGAGAUGGCGGCCACGGGCAUUAUUAUCGAUGAGACGGUGGUCAAGAAGGAGUAUCGUGAUGUGGAGUACAAGCCACCAUUUGGGCUGGACUCGCCCAGCAAAGUGAGUGGCAACGGUGCUGCCAGCAACUUUGAACUGCCGCCGCAGGCGGAAGAGGAUGACUUCAGUGACUUUCAAUCGAUGCCGGCGCCCAGGUCGCGGAUCGAUACACCCACGUUUGGCGAGCAGAUGAUCCUCAGUCCGGCCAUAUUGCUGCCCCAAGCCAUACCGCUGGCCAAGAAGCAAGCGGCGUCUAUCGAGUGGGGAGACAACGCUAUGUCCAGCAUUAAUGCCGAGGAAAUGGCCAGGAUAGAGGAGUUGUUUUCUUCGCAAGCCAAACCCCUUACGAUAAGUGCUUCAGUGGCCAAGAAACCAACUCCUCCGAAGAUAGUUCAAUCUCAGUCUCAAGAGGAUGAUGAAUGGUCGGAUUUUGUCUCUGUUCCAGUUAACCAACAGCAUCAGCAGGCACAGCAACAACACUCAAUCUCUAACAACAACAAUAACGUAAACAGCAGCCUGAGAAAGCCAAAUGCAGCACCCAAGGAAGAUGAGUGGUCGGAUUUUGUGAGCAGCACUCCGCUGCCCUCUCGUCCGGCACCACAAUUCAAUUCCGGUGCCUGGCAGAGCGCUAAUUUCUACAACAAUCCGUUGAGUUUGUACCAAGCACAGCAGCAACAGCAACAUCCCCACAGCAACCUGGUGCCCAGCAGCAUCAGCAGCAACAGCAGCAACAACAACAAUGUGCCAGCCAUUCCACAGCAAAUACACAUCAUGCAUGACUUUUCGACGGCGCCCGUUUCUGGAGGUUUGGGUGUGGGUGCCACAACCUAUCAGCAGCAUCAUCAGCGGCAGCAGUUCCAGAUCGGCAACGCCAAGGUGGCCCCACGCAUCUCCCUCAUUCCCGAUCUCAGCUUUGUGGCUCCGGCUUUGCCCACAAAUGCUGGUGCUUUCAUGGGUGCGCUUCCGAAACCGAGUUUUGGUGCCAAGAAAUGACACAAGAAGCUGAGGGUGGGCGGUGGGCGGCUGCCACAGCAGCAGCAGCACCGGCAGCAGCAUGUGGGCGGACCACGCCCACUGGGAGGCGGUGAGGCCACCAUCCUCACGUAGGCAAAAAGGGGGUGUGUCCGUGGGCGAGCCAGUCAGUAUUAUGAAUCCGUCUGAUAUUUACCAUAAACCGAACCGUCACACACUUAGUUUGAUGCAAACUGUGUUCCAUGUUGUUGUCGUUGUUGUUGACGUUGUCGUUGGAAUAAUUGUUGUUAUUGUUGUGCGUGCAUGUUGUUGUUAGUCGUAGAUUCGGAUUUAGAAAAAAGAAAUGGGCAACAAAAAAUUAAACCAUGUUGUGCAAUAUUUCGAUUUUAAA